GCGCUGUCUCAGUUCGUCGGCUUUCUUUUCUGCCCGAGCUGAGCUUUCACAAGCCCACGAACCGGACAGCACGGGAGACGCCAAAACCCUCCAUCCGCACAACGCUCGCCACGCCUUCAGCACUCGUAGCGUUCAAUCCACUCCUGUGGGUCUAGUUCGUCCUAUAUAUCCUUACAAAUCACAGAAAAAUGUCUUGGCAAAGCUACGUGGAUAACCUGAUGGCCGAUGGCAGCUGCCAGGAUUCCGCCAUUGUUGGCUACACGGACGCCAAAUACGUUUGGGCAUCGUCAGAGGGUGGUACUUUUAGCGGCAUAACGCCUGAUGAAAUUGAUGUGAUCAUUGGCAAAGACAGAGAGGGCUUCUUCACCAGUGGGAUGACUCUAGGGAAAAAGAAGUGCUCCGUGAUCAGAGACAGCCUUAAUGUGGAAGGGGACUGGACAAUGGACAUCAGGACAAAGAGUCAUAAUGGAGAGCCGACAUACAAUGUUUCCAUAGGCAAAGCUGGCAAAGUAUUGGUUUUUGUCAUGGGAAAGGAAGGUACCCAUGGAGGAUUGCUCAACAAGAAAGCAUUUGGCAUGGCUGAGUACCUGAGGAAAGUUGGAUACUAAAGCAGCCCCUUUCCAUCCACCCAGCAGCUCACUUUAAUACACCACACCAAACAACCGCCCACCCUUACCUUACCCCCCCUCCCCCCGACAGCACUACCAGAAACCGUUAGUAGAUGCAUUGUUUUGUCUCCAAAUCUGUCAGUCUUUUUCUUUUUUUUAUAUGAACCUUCUUUGUUUGUUUAACGCUCCCGUGUUUUAUUUUCCAAGUAAUUACAUCUUUAUUGUGCCACAGUAAAUCCAGCAUGUUGGUUUUUACAAAGGUUCCAUCAGAAAAACACUACUGUACAUAGCAUAAACCUAAAAUGAAGAAUUUAAAAAGAAACAUUGGACGACCCCGAAUUUGAAUAAAUUCGUUACUAAAUGAAGAAUCUCUACAUUGUCCAAUUUUUUCCCUUAGGCACUGCUAAUGAACCAGCUAAAGAUAGAUGGAUGCCUCUCAAGUGCUUUGAGCCCUUGCUGAGCUCUCAUGGUCUUCCUUGUAUACAGCAUGUUAAGGAUGGAAAAAGUGCAUGCAUAUCUUUUAGGUCAAUAUCAUUGCUUUCCAGUAAUUAACUACACCACCUGGUCUCAGCUUUGAGAAUGACAUCUGAAGUUAACCAGUCACUUUACACAUUUCGUAAUUUUUUUUUUUGCUCAGUUUGAUUCUAAAUGGAGUUAGAAGCCAUCUCGGCCCCAGCCCUCUUGAACGGCACCGCCCUUCCCCAGCUACCUUUAGUUUGACUACCUUAUAUCAAAUGCUUUUGCUGUUGUAUUUGGAUGUGGUCUUGUAUGUCAUUGAUCUAAUGUUGGAAUAUUUGUGUGGUGGCAGAUCAGCAUUUACAAGGGUUUGGGUUAAGUUGUUCCCCAAGAGCCUUUUGCAUCCCGGACUCUGUAUGGACAUUCCAUCGCUACAAUAGCUCAGGCACUUAUAAUUGUUGUUUGCCAGCUCCUGUAAUUUUUUUUUUUUUUUUUUUUAAGAAAAUUGUACUGCCAUCCCAAUGUAAUCCUCUGGUUUUGUCUAUUUCGCUUUGGUUUCUGCCAUAGGACCAAUGUUUUGUUGAAUCCGAAGGAAUUAACUGAAUUGCUCAACUAUUGUUGUGAAGGAUGACUGCUAGCUUCAUCUGUUGCUGACUUUAUAACACUAAAUUUUCAACACUUCAAAUACACAAUGUAACACCAAGUUAAUUACUAUUAAACACUAUUAAUGGUAUUAAUUACAGCUACCUGAGAAUUUCUCUAAUGAAUGUCUUGAAUAGAUGAAAUGGCAGUCUUAUUGUUAAUAUCAGUCACCUUGAAAUUCUUCAAAUCACUUUUAAUCUGUUAUUUUCAAGAGUGAAACCAUUUGGAGGUCAUUGCCUUGUAAACUACUUAAUUGCGAUGUAUCAAACUGUCUUAGCACGGUACAAUUGAUUCAUUAAAUAGAUGAAAAAUAAAUAAAAAUACUGAAGUAAUCUGUGUACACUUAACUUUUCUGGGAUAUGGUGGUAUUAGUUUGAAAAAGACCACUAGUCAAAGUUGUAUUGUGGAAACUUGUAAAAAAAAAAAAAAAAAUGAAUAAAUCUGUGUAUCCUGUGCCAUAAUGUAGAUCUGAUCUGUUGCUAAAGUGAGAUGGAUUUUAACUGCUGCCUUGCGAGGAGUCCCUUCUUUAAUGGCACCUUUGGGAUAUUUGGCAUAAAUUCAAACUCGUGUGGAAAAUGUACAGAUUAAAGAAAAGCAUAAACAAAA